UGGCCCCCCUGACAAAGCCUCAAGACAAAGCCUCAAGACAAAGGGAGACCUGGUUGCCCAGCCAAGCCAAGCCACACUCUCUCUCUCUCACUCUGUCUGUCUCGCUUUCUCUUCCGCAUCGCUCGACGUUCCUUUGCCUGGAGCACCAAUUCCCUUCGCUUCAUGCAUGCACGGCACCCGAAUUCGGGGCGUUUUGCGUGAGAGACUUGUUUUGAGGUUCUCGAGGAUUAUUUGUUCCCUUACCAUCGGGCAUCUGAAGACACUCGGCUACAGUUCUGCUCACAAGAUUUGGAGUUGAUUCGUGCAUUCGUGACUUGGGGUGCAGGAAAGGCUAUACAUAAAUUAUGAAGUCAUCGUGGGUUCAAGAGGUGAUUGUAGGUACUCUGAGUAUGAUCCUGUAGCGCCGCGGGAAGUUCGUGUUUAUCCUGCAAGAGAGAGUCCUCUUCCACUAGUGGGUCCAUAAAUACUGUUUGGAUCUACUAGUGCGAGGAGGAGGUUUUGCCUCCAAGAAAUCAUUUAUACCUUGCAGUUUCUUCCACAGCUAAGAAGUUCCAGUAAUAUAGCAAGAUGUCGGCUCCGAAGAAGACUUACUCCUCCACAAGUUCGGCGAAGUCGAAGGCCCACAGCGUGAGGGUCGCUCAAACUACGGCAGAUGCAGCCCUUCAUGCUGUGUUUGAAAAGUCCGGAGUUUCUGGAGAUAAUUUUGAUUACUCAAAAUCUGUCAGCAAAUCGACAGCAGGGUCUCUUCAUACUGGGGCAGUGACUGCCUACCUCCAACGUAUGCAGAGGGGAGGACUCACUCAAUCCUUUGGGUGCAUGGUUGCAGUUGAGGAGACAGGGUUUCGUGUCAUAGCGUACAGUGAAAAUGCACCCGAGUUCCUAGAUCUGAUGCCGCAAGCUGUACCAAACAUUGGGGAAAUAAACACGCUAGGAAUCGGGACGGAUGUGAGAACGCUGUUCACCCCUUCAAGUGCUGCCUCUCUCGAGAAGGCGGCCGAAACACAAGAAAUAAGCUUACUCAAUCCGAUCACCGUCUAUUGCAGAUCUAAAAAACCUUUGUAUGCCAUUGCACAUCGCAUAGACAUAGGCAUAGUCAUCGAUUUUGAGGCGGUGAAUAUGAACGAUGUUACAAUAUCAGCUGAUGGUGCAUUGCAAUCUCAUAAACUUGCGGCGAAGGCAAUUACACGGCUCCAAGCACUACCUGGGGGUGACAUAGGACUGCUCUGUGACACUGUUGUUGAGGAGGUUCGAGAGCUCACUGGGUAUGACAGGGUAAUGGCCUACAAAUUUCAUGAGGAUGAGCAUGGUGAGGUGGUCGCAGAAAUUCGUCGCACGGAUCUUGAGCCCUACUUGGGUCUUCAUUACCCGGCCACUGACAUUCCCCAGGCGUCUCGGUUUCUAUUUAUGAAGAACAGGGUCCGGAUGAUUGGUGAUUGUUCUGCUCCUCCAGUGAAAAUUGUACAAGAUCCAAACUUAAGGCAGCCAGUCAGCUUGGCAGGUUCGACUUUACGUUCCCCUCACGGAUGCCAUGCCCAAUACAUGGGCAACAUGGGGUCCAUUUCAUCGAUAGUCAUGGCCGUGAUCAUCAAUGAUAACGAGGACGAUUCUCGUGGCUCAGUUCAAAGGGGUAGAAAGCUAUGGGGGCUAGUAGUGUGCCAUCACACAUCUCCACGUACUGUGCCAUUUCCACUUCGGUCUGCGUGUGAGUUUUUAAUGCAGGUGUUUGGUUUACAGCUUAACAUGGAGGUCGAGUUAGCCGCUCAGCUUAGGGAAAAACAUAUUCUCAGAACUCAAACUCUUUUAUGCGACAUGCUUCUUCGAGAUGCCCCCAUUGGUAUUGUGUCUCAGGUUCCAAACAUUAUGGAUCUUGUGAAGUGUGAUGGAGCUGCUCUUUAUUAUGGGAAACGAUUCUGGCUUUUGGGCACGACCCCGACCGAAAGUCAAAUUAAAGAUAUUGCAGAAUGGUUGCUAGAGUACCACAAGGACUCAACGGGACUCAGUACUGAUAGCUUAGCGGAUGCCAAUUACCCAGCCGCACACCUCCUUGGGGAUGCUGUGUGUGGUAUGGCAGCUGCAAAGAUCACUUCCAAAGAUUUUCUGUUUUGGUUCAGAUCUCACACUGCGAAAGAGAUAAAGUGGGGUGGUGCCAAACACGACCCAGGCGAAAAAGAUGAUAAUCGAAAAAUGCACCCCAGAAGCUCUUUCAAAGCCUUUUUGGAGGUCGUGAAACGACGAAGUCUACCCUGGGAGGAUGUAGAAAUGGACGCUAUACAUUCUCUUCAGCUUAUUCUACGUGGAUCCUUUCAGGACAUCGAUGACAGCGACACAAAGACUAUGAUUCAUGCUCGUCUGAAUGAUUUGAAGCUUCAUGAUAUGGAUGAGCUUAGCAUUGUAGCGAAUGAAAUGGUACGGUUGAUAGAAACUGCGACCGCCCCUAUUCUGGCAGUUGAUUCAAAUGGAAUGAUAAAUGGCUGGAAUGCCAAAAUAGCCCAAGAAACAGGGCUUCCGGUUGCUGAGGCUAUGGGCAGAUCUUUGGUGAAAGACCUCGUCAUGGAUGAGUCAUUGGAGGUUGUUGAAAGACUACUUUAUCUGGCUUUGCGAGGUGAAGAAGAGCAGGGGGUGGAAAUCAAAUUGAAGACCUUUGGCGCUCAAACUGUGAAAGGAGCGGUUAUUCUGAUUGUUAAUGCCUGCGCUAGUAGAGACGUGUCGGAGAAUGUUGUUGGCGUUUGUUUUGUUGGUCAGGAUGUAACUGGACAAAAAAUGUUUAUGGACAAGUUCACUCGUAUUCAGGGUGAUUACAAAACCAUAGUGCAGAAUCCUCACCCUCUCAUCCCUCCUAUUUUUGGUGCGGACGAAUUUGGAUACUGUUUCGAAUGGAAUCCGGCCAUGGAGGGUUUGACUGGUUGGAAGCGAGAUGAAGUGAUCGGAAAACUUCUUGUAGGAGAGAUUUUUGGCAUGCAAAAGAUGUGUUGCCAGAUGAAGAGUCAAGACGCCAUGACCAAGUUCAUGAUAUCAUUGAACUCGGCCAUGGAUGGGCAAAACACAGAUAAAUUUUCCCUCUCCUUUUUUGAUCGAGAAGGGAGGUAUGUUGAUGCUCUGCUCUCAACCAACAAACGCACUAAUGCUGAUGGAGCUAUAACUGGCGUCAUUUGCUUCUUACAAAUUGCGAGUUCGGAGCUACAACAGGCCCUUAGAGUACAGCAAGCUACAGAGAAGGUCGCAAUAGCGAAGCUGAAGGAGCUUGCAUACAUUCGUCAGGAGAUAAAGAAUCCACUAUGCGGGAUCACAUUCACUCGGCAACUGCUAGAAGACACUGAUCUCUCAAAUGAUCAGAAGCAGUUUCUAGACACAAGUGCUGUGUGCGAGCAGCAGUUGCAAAAAGUAUUGAAUGACUUGGACUUGGAGAGUAUCGAAGACGGGUACUUGGAGUUGGAUACUGCUGAAUUUGAGAUGCGUACAGUGAUGGACGCCGUUAUCAGUCAAGGUAUGACGAUAUCCCGUGAGAAGGGGCUUCAGAUCAUUCGAGAGACUCCUCGGGAAAUAAUCACUAUGCGUUUGUUUGGAGACCAGGUUCGGCUCCAGCAAGUUCUCUCUGAUUUCUUAUUAAACGCAGUGCGUUUUACGCCUUCCUCUGAAGGCUGGGUCAAAAUCAAGGUGGUCCCUACAAGGAAACGGCUUGGUGGGAAUGAGCAUGUCAUGCACUUGGAAUUCAGAGUAAGCCAUCCUGGAGCUGGGCUUCCUGAAGAGCUUGUGCUGGAGAUGUUUGAUAAAGGCAAAGGCAUGACCCAAGAAGGACUAGGUUUGAACAUAUGUCGGAAGCUGGUUAGGUUGAUGAAUGGGGACGUUCAGUACGUGCGUGAAGCUAUGCAGUGUUACUUUGUUCUAUAUGUGGAGCUUCCUUUGGCUCAGCAGGAUGAUGCUGCAAGUCAAAUGUAGGAGCUCAUAUACCCUUUUUACGUGCAUAGAUACCUUUUUUUUGAAGUUCUCUCUAGUAGUGAACUGAAGUGUGGACGGAGAGGACCAUGACUUUUCCCGCUUCAGACGUCUAGUUCAGUUUUGCUUAGGUGUCUCAAAAUGAGGCAAACUGGCUUCACUGCUCGGUAAACCAAAGAGCCUUCGUUGACACAGAAUCGAUCUUUUAUAGGUAAAUAGUCAUGUGGUCUAUGAAGUGUACAGCAACUACUUUUCCGUGAUAACUUAUUUCAGUCCCUGUUUCGGUCUUCA